AUGGCCGCCCCGGGAGGAGCAAGCCUCCCGCACCGCGCUGUGUCGAGCAUCCGCGGCGGUGCAGCGCCGCCGGGCGACGCAUCCUCGUCCGCCAACCCGCGCACGCCCAUCCGCUCGAUCCCCUCGAUCCCGUCCCAGUUCAACUCGCCGUCGUCCCUCCGCGCCGAGGACGAGGUCCUGAUCGUCGAGUUCGGCGCCCGCAAGCUGCGCGCCGGCUUCGCGGGCGACGCCGUGCCCAAGGCCCUGGUGUCGUUCAGCCCGACGCAGACGCGGCGCGUCGGCGACCUGCGGGCGUGGGAGAUCGGGCACGUGGACGACUGGCGGAGGGACGACAAGUGGGGCGAGGAGUGCGAGCUGUGGAGGAAUGAUGUGAGGGGCUUGGACCUGGGCCUGGUCGGGGACCGCAUGGAGAGGGGGCUCAGGGAGGCGUUCAACAAGUGCGGCGACACGUCCCUAUGCCACUCUACCGCGCUGGAUACUCUUUUCAACAGAUUCCAUGCCCCCGCUGUGUCGCUGUUGUCCUCACCCGUUGCCUGUGCGAUUUCCGCCGGUGUUCGAUCGGCGCUGAUUGUUGAUAUGGGCUGGUCUGAGACGGUUGUAACAGGCGUCUACGAGUACAGAGAGGUGCAAAGCAGCCGUAGUGUCCGUGCUGGGAAGUUGUUGGUACAGAAUACACACAAGCUACUGGCCACCGCCCUCGGAAAGGCACCGCCUCCUGAAGAGGACGCUGGCGAAGACAAAGGCGAGCACGUCGUAUCAUUUGAGGAGUGCGAGGAGGUCGUCAGCCGGCUUGUGUGGUCCAAGAAUCCCCGUGGCCCGGUGCCGCCGAGUCAACCACCGCAAGAAGGCUUGCCUACAGUCACCGAACAAGACGAAUCUGAACCAAACAAUCCUCCAACUGCCGGUAGCCCGUCGAGUAUUACGGUCCCACUGAGAUCGACUAUCCCACCACAAAGACUCGACAUGACCUUUGAUCAGCUCGCAACCCCAUCCGAGGACACAUUCUUUGCCUCCGACCGGCCUCACUGUACUUUCGAUGAUGACGAGCUACCUAUUCCCCUUCUCAUUUACCGCAGCCUACUAAAGUUGCCUAUGGACGUCCGAGCUCUGUGCAUGGCCCGGAUCAUCUUCACCGGCGGUUGUUCAAGCGUUCUCGGCCUGCGCAAGCGGAUCUUUGAUGAAGUAAACCUUCUGAUUGAGAGUAACGGGUGGGACCCAGUGCGCGGAAAGGGUGUGGAGGCGUACAAAACCAACCCAAAGCUGCGACGUGGGAGCAAACAGGCAGGUGAUGGUGGGCCUACGGAUGUCGAGGGCACUGGCGACAGCGGAGGGGGCGGAGGUGGAGGAGGGGGUCACGAAGUUGACGGCAUGUGGGUCGAUGCUCCUAAGCAAGAAAGGGAGCCGGAACUGGACCCCAUUGACGAUCAGUUGGGGAAAGGAAAGCAGGACAAGCCAAGGCUGCAAGGGCAGUUGCGGGCGAUCGAGACCCUGGGGCCAUGGAGCGGAGCGAGCCUGCUGAACUUGCUCAAGAUACCUGCCCUGGCAACGGUGGAGCGGGAGACCUGGAGAGAGCAAGGGAUCACUGGGGCAUCGCGACCGAGUGAGGUGGACCACAAGGUUGCGCAGAGACAGAGCAUGGGUGCCGGCGGGCUGAUGCGCAACGCCAAUGCGAACUGGACGCUUGGUGUAUGGGGAUAUCUGUGA